GCCCCAUCGGGCAUUUCAGCCAGCGGAACUGGAGGGGCAGUUGCCAGACGCGGUUCUGUAGAGCCAGGUCCAGCUGCUGAGCGGGUCUGAGGCAGGGGGCACUCCGCCAGGGCCGCCCCGGGGUGGCUGACGGCGUCUGGGGGCGUUCCUAGGGGCCGAGGAGGUCAGACCCGAAGCCCCGGGAGGAGCCGGCAGGCGGCCACGUGACCGACCGCGACGGGGCCGGCGGCCCAGAAAUAGCAGCGGCGGCGGUUCCGCCCGCGGGCGCCGGGAGGGAAAGGCGGAGACUGGGGAACGCUGGCUCGGCGCGGGCGCGGCCCCGGCCCCGGAGGAUGCUGAGCCCCUGCCCGGACCGUCCCGGAGCACAUGAUGGCGAUACGGGAGCUCAAAGUGUGCCUUCUCGGGGACACCGGAGUUGGGAAAUCGAGCAUUGUGUGCCGGUUUGUCCAGGAUCACUUUGACCACAACAUCAGCCCGACCAUUGGGGCGUCUUUUAUGACCAAAACUGUGCCUUGUGGAAAUGAACUUCAUAAAUUCCUCAUCUGGGACACUGCUGGUCAGGAACGGUUUCACUCCCUGGCUCCCAUGUACUAUCGUGGAUCUGCUGCAGCUGUCAUAGUGUACGACAUUACCAAACAGGACUCAUUCCACACCUUGAAGAAAUGGGUGAAAGAGCUGAAAGAACAUGGUCCAGAAAACAUUGUAAUGGCUAUUGCUGGGAACAAAUGUGAUCUCUCAGAUAUAAGGGAGGUUCCCUUGAAGGAUGCAAAGGAAUAUGCUGAAUCCAUAGGUGCCAUUGUGGUUGAAACAAGUGCAAAAAAUGCUAUUAAUAUCGAAGAGCUCUUUCAAGGAAUCAGUCGCCAGAUCCCACCCUUGGACCCCCAUGAAAAUGGAAACAAUGGAGCAAUGAAGCUUGGGAAGCAAGCUACGCAAGCCAGCCGGCGGUGCUGCUGACCAGGGGUCACGGCCCACUGUACUUGAAGAAGCCAGAGUCACCUCCCCAUGCACUGCUGAAGGACCCCCUAAUCUUAGUGGCCUGGCGCCUCACUUAGAGAGAAGUGAGCACACUGGCUUGGCAUCAUGGAAGACCCACAGGGAACGGGGCAGGAAAAGUCCCCGGAAAAGGAUUUGAGAAAACUCUGGAAAAAUUCACCACGUCGCCUUUUGUGCAUGAAAUGCACACGGGAGGGAAUGGAUGUUAGGUAAUAAGUAUAGUUGAGUUUUUGUUAAACCUUAGAAUAUUCUCGAUUUGUACAAAAAUUUUACUGGUUUAUUAUGUGUGUGAGAUUAUAAAGUGGUGUUCCACUCUGAUUUCCUGUGUUCCCUAGCCAAACUCCAGUAACUUCUUCAGCGCCAUUGCUUCUGUUGACUAACCAGCCUUCACUGAAAGGUUAAUUUAAUUUUAUUUAGUUUGCCUUUCACUGGAGCAUAAUUGGAUCAUCACUCAAGCUGUGGACUUGAGCUUUUAUAAAAGUGGAGAAAGAUGUAUUAGAAACUGUUGUCAAUAUCUCCGACUCUUACUUGAUGAACAUUUUUCCAAGUUUUGAUCAUUAUAAACAAACAAGCCCAAUCUGGCUAAAAAUAUUGCAUUUAAUUUUGGGAGUGGGAGGCCUAAUUUGGAAGAGUCGUUUAAAGUCACUGUAUAAGCGGUGACAGAUGUAGGACGUAAAUAUUAUUCCAGAGACCAUUUGGUAUGCAUCACCUCCACAGCAAUAAAUCCCUACUCUCUUAGAGAGGUUUUAAUGCACAGAGUAUUAUUUUACUAAGAAUUUGUGAUAGUGUCACGUCUAAGGGGGAAAUUAACUGGAGGACAUUUAAGUCUAUAUCAUAGGGCAAACUUCUAAUAGCAGUUAAUAACAGGUUACUGCAAAGCCAGCCAAGGGAAGUCCCAGCACCUUAAGAUUCUAGACCUCUAACAGCACAAUCAGAGAAAGCAUUUGAGGAGAUGCCAAGCCUGGGGAGGCAGAUCUUAGGGCUAAUGAGGACUCCAACUUUGGGAUGCCAAUUAACUGGGACUAGGCUGUGAUAAAACCUUCCUUUUCAGGUACCCUGUCUGCUCAAUUAAUUAAAGAUGUCUGACUGCAAAGGCAGUAAAGGGAGAAAAGGCAUGAAGAGGAAGAAAAACUAUUUCUAUUCUAAAUUCAAAUCCUAUUACCAUUUUAAUUUUCAUAAAAACCUGGAAAUCAAGAAGCAGUAUGAGUGUGUGUGUGUGUGGGGUCCUAUUAGGUCUUAUAUCGGGAGGUGAUUCUUAAGAUUUGGAAUCGUGCCUUUUGUUGGGGUUAAGGAACUGUGACAGAAUGGCCUCAGAAAUGGUUAAUUGUGCAGCAUGGUCCAGCCGGUACCUUCUUUGCCAUAAAUGUUCAGGGGCUGAGAAACAUUUAUUGAAAAUUUACAGUGUUAAAACCAGCAGAGAGAUCAUCAGCUGAUUAAAGACCUCAAACUUUGAGUAACUCAUGUGAGCUGGUGCUUCAUGUCUUGCCACGACUGUGCCCUCUUUGCUCUUCACAUAUAGUGACACCGAGUCCCAACAAAAAGAAAGAGUCCUUGAGAGACCAGGGCCAAGUUUACACUUCUCUACAUGGACAGUAAUCAAGAAAAUAGAUGGAAAUCACAGAUUAAGGUGUUUUUGUUUGUUGUUGUUGUUUUAACAAAAGAAUACGGUGUCAAUUUGAUUUUCUUACUUACUGCUUUGCUCAGCUUGCAAGAGUAGUUUGACAACCUUAAAAUUUGAAGGCUGGAAACACUUAUAUUUGGUUCAAGAGUGCCUCUGAGCUCUCCCAGACAAGUACCUCAAAAAAUGUUAGCAAGUGGCAUUUGGAUGUCUUGGUAGAGCUUUUACAGGGGUUUUUAGGGUUAUCUCCACAUUGUUAACAUUACUUGCUAACAUGAUUCUGCUUGCAGGCCAAGCAAUUAUCAUGCCUCUACAAAGCUCAAAAAUUUGGGAUGAAAAUUGAAAUGACAUUUUCCAGGUGACAUGCAGGCUUAUUUUGGAAGCUUUCCUCAUCAAGCUGUCCCUGAGAACCUGGGUUUCUCUCUAGACAGCCUCUCAGGUUUCCUAGAUAAGGUGGUAUGCGUCCCAGUGGAGUUACACAGCUUUAGGCUGGAUCUCUAGUGGUUCUGUCUUGUAUAAAAUGGCUGGUCUUAUAAACAUGUAGAGAACUACCCACGAAUGAGCCCAUGGUUUUAUUUCAGAAGCACAUGAGGGUGUGAAACCACUCUUUUACCUUUCUGUAUUGCUUUAACUAUUCAAGCCAGUCAGAUGACAGUGUAUAUAAUUAUUACUACUUGGAGCAACUGGUGAAAAGAGUAGAUGGAACUUGGGCACACAAGCCUUCACUUAAACAUGGGGUCUUCUCUGAAGACAGAUGCUUCAGCCUUGUCCAGGCUUUCUUAUCUUUCUUUAUUCUGCCUUGAGAUUACUUUCUGUUUGUUCUAACAAUUGAAGUAUAACCAAGUAAUACUAUGUAAUGGCCUGGAUAUUACUUUUGCUCCAAAAUGUCAAGUUGUUUCAUGUGAUGUAGCAUCCUUCACAUAAUUUCACCAAAUUUGCUCCUUUCCCUCUGUUUUCCCCCCCUUUCAUGUGCAGUAUAUGUAUAUGUGUAAAUAUGAUUUCAUAUUUGUUAUGCCAACAUAUAAUCCGUUUCACUGGCUAAGUUUGGCUCAUGACCGUGUGUUAUAUAAUAUAGACAUGGGUUCUUAUUGGGAUUAUUUCCCAGUGGAAAGCCCUAAGAUGGCAGUGGAGUCAGACAUUUUAUGUAGGUACAUAAUUGACUUGCCAUUUUAUAAUUGAAAAUGGUACACUAGUGUGUUGAAUGUGAUAUUACCUUGUAGCCUAUAGAAGAUCGAAGACUUAAAACUAACCUUUAGCCAACAAAGAGCUGUGCCCCAAUGAAAUUUGAAUUAAUUUUCUGAAGGAGGUUUGGACGACUGAAAUAUUUCCUCUUAAGAUAAAAGAAUAUGGCAUGUGAUGGCUACAUUGAGCUCCUUUUAGGGGACUCCACUUCUCAUUGCUCUGCAAUGCUUGUAGUGAGUUGAAUAAUGAGCUGGCUUAUGAAAGAAAGGACUCUGAGCUGUAUUCAGACCUGUUAGGUAUCGAGUUUACUCUUUUAAUCAUUAUUGUUGGAACCAGACCCAGUGAUCCAAUGUCAGGGCUCUGUUGUGUAAACCGCUCCUUUCUCUCGUGUUUUUAUAAAGGGCUUCUGUCUGGGCUGGACCCAGUUCUCACAUAUAGAAGAUGCCACUGUAGACAGGACCUUUCUACAUUGUAUUCUGUAGUAAAGCAUCGCCACAACAUCGCCCAAUUGUAUCUGUUAUUUUUGGUUUAACACACACUGAUUCCUACUAAUAAAUAUUUCAAGUUUUACCAAA